AUGAGCAAUGUAGAUUUAGACAAUAGACUUAAAAAACGACAAUGGAGCCCAGAUAUUGAUUCCUUUUUAUGGAGCAAUAUUAAGUUAUUCACGAUUCGUUCUGCAUUGUACACUUACUGCAAUGCUGGACUACUAGAUAUACUUUUAAGACGUAAUAUGACUCCUCAACAAAUUUACAACGUAAGCAAUAAUCCAAGUCGAAAUCCUUAUGCUCAAACUAUUCAAAAUCUUGCUGCAACUAGAGAUAAAUACAACGCAAGAAAUAAAAAUUGGGGAACGCCGCCUGCAUUUCACACGGAAAAUACAAAACACACUAAUAGCUUAAUGAACGUUAAUGACUCUGGAAAUAGCGACAGCUCUGAUGAUGACAACCGAAUACCACGCAAUACCAUGAAUACAUCACCAAUAAACAUUGCUCAAAACACAAAUGAACAAAGAAUUGCCAAUAGAGUAUCGGGAUUUCCGUUUAUUAAUGACAAUUCGGGUCUUAAUCACCCAUUGGUAAAUCAGUUUCCCGGAAAUGACGUUGUGUUAAACCCUAGAAUUAAUAAUAACGGAAAUGUUGGAAAUAUACAUAAAAUUAUACAAGAUAUAAACAAAAUUAAUAACAUUAUGGGUCAAAUAAAGCAAGAGAAUGCUAAAAACCAUGGGAAUACAGAUCCAAAUAUUAAAACAAAUAAUGGAAAUCAUGGUUUUGAUAACCCUUCUUUAGGACCUUUUACUUAUCCAAUGGUUCAUGUAAAUAACGGACUUCACGGACUUUAUACAAAUUUACAUAAUGACAAUGUAUACCCUGAUACAAGUAACAUACUUAGUAAUGUACAACCACCAAGAAACCCAGAAACAAAUUUAAAUACGGCCGUAACUAAUGCACAUAUUGUAACACCACCGCCUGGUAUUUUGAUGACAAAUUUGCUGAAGGAAAAUGUUAAUAAUAAAAAGCCUUCGUCGGGAAUAUCUAAUGUAAGUAAAGUCGGGGAAAAAUAUGUACUUAAGCCAGUUACAAAAAGGAAAUUCUUUUCUCAAGUAAGACCUGUUGUUCCGGAUUAUAAAAUUCCUCAAAAUAAGGAAACUUUAUACUAUAUAGACUAA